AUGAACGACUUCCAGGAAGCAUAUGAGUCGUGGGCCGACGCAGACUUUCCAGAGUCAGCCGCAACAGAUUCAGCCACACCAGAUGCCACCGCAACAGACGCCACAACAGAUGCCGCCGCCACCACACCAGACGCCGCUGCAACAGCCGCCACAACAGACGCCGCCGCCACUACACCAGACGCUGCCACCACACCAGACGCCGCCACCACACCAGACGCCGCCGCAACAGAUGCCGCUGCCGCAACAGAUGCCGCCGCAACCACACCAGACGCCGCCGCAACAGACGCUGCCACAAAAGAUGCCGCCACCACACCUGACGCCACCACAACAGACGCCGCCAAAACAGACGCCAACACACCAGAUGUCGCUGUACCGGACGCAGCCGCAACCGACGCUACCACUCCAGACGCCGCCUCCGACGUCGCCGCCCCCAGCUGA